GCUGCACCAGAAAAUGCACACUGAUGACAUAAAAAUGCAACAUGGCAGCGCCUGUGACCUGACAUCUGAAGGAGAAUUAUUUCACAAGUAAAGAAGAAGCAGCAGCGUUUCGUUUUAAUUUCGUCACAAGGGCAACGCGUCCGACGAUGAACCGCACACGCUCGCUGCUGCUGCUGCUGCUGGAGAGGGUCCAGGGUGCGCUGGCCGCUCCCUGUCCAGCUCCUCUUCCACCGCCCGUGCUUCACGCAACCUCUGCCGCACUCUUGAGAAGCAAGCGUGCCAGCUUUGGGCAGUGUGCCACGCACUUGCCCUCCAGACGCUUCCACACCAGCGCAAGACGUCCAGACGCCAAACCCGCCCCCUCCUCGGAGCGCACCGACCAGGAGAGGGAGUCGCCGCACGCCGGCACAGGCAAGACCCUGGCCACCUACGAGGACCUGUUUGAACAGGCGGCUCGGGACUCCAGAACCAAGGCCACGUUCACCCGGGUCCUCGAGGUCUUCUGCAAGAAGGACGUUCGCCGACGGGGUCACGUGGAGUUCAUCUACGCUGCCCUGAAGAAGAUGCCGGAGUUUGGGGUGGAGGGUGACUUGUCCGUCUACAACAGGCUGCUGGAUGUCUUCCCCAAGGAGGUGUUUGUGCCUCGCAACUACAUCCAGCGCAUGUUCAACCACUACCCCCGCCAGCAGGAGUGUGGCGUGCAGGUGCUGGAGCACAUGGAGAACUACGGCGUCAUGCCCAACGUGGAGACGAAGGUCCUUCUCGUGCAGAUCUUCGGGGAGAAGAGUCACCCCGUGCGCAAGUACCAGCGGCUCAUGUACUGGUUCCCCCGUUUCAAGCACGUGAACCCCUACCCUGUCCCGAGAGAGCUGCCCCGGGACCCUGUGGACCUGGCGAGGCUCAGCCUGCAGAGGAUAGCGGGAGACCUGGACGCCAGGGUCACUGUCUACGAGGUGCAGCCGCUGGCACGGGUCAUGCGUUGACAUCGUCUGUGCUGCCUGUACUUAAAGGGAGGGUCAGCUGGAAAUUCAUAGACAGGACCGAAGCGCCAUUCGU